UGCUGUAAGAUGAAUUUGGCUGGUGAAGAUGCUGGUGCUGAUAGCUGAAGAUGCUGAAAUUGAUAGCCAGCUAAAAUAUUAGCUAAGAUUUUAGCUAAUAAAGCGUUACCAUCACACAGGUCAUCUCUGUAAAUACUUAAAUGUAAGCUUUCUUUACAUAGUUGAGGAUUAGAGAAAGCAUUUGAUCAAUUUAAAACAUUUUUUCCCCUCGUUCCUUCUAAUAGUCAAAACUACACUGUUAUCAGGAUCAAUUUUGGAGUAUUCAAUAUGAUGAAGGGAAAGUGUCCUGUUUGUCAAUGACGAUGUUCUCCAAUGGUGGGAAAAUCCAGCCCUAUAGGCGGUUGUUUGCGUGUUUUCCAGAUAAUAUCAUCGCAAUACUCACGGCUGAUUACCUGCAUCAGGUAUAUCCAGCCAAUUAGAACAUGUCAGAGCUGGAGAAGAGGAGUGUGGUCCUCGGUCUCCACCCCAGCUUCAAGCGGAUCUGAGGAACUGUAGCGUUUUACUGCUAUAACAUUCUCUGAAUAUUCUAAUUCAGCAGUGAUGGUUGAUCCAGUAAUGUUAGAUUCUUUUCAUGCUUUGGAAGUUUUUGAGAGGAUCGAGAUGUGUAUUUUAGUCUUUUUUUUUUUCGUGCAAUCAUUUUUAUUUUGUUCCUUUUUUAUUAUAUUUUAUUUUUAUGGGUUUGAGUUUGAAAUAAACAUUGAAAUGAAUGUAAACUAAAAAGUUCACUUGAUUUCUUCAUGUGAUUAAAACAACUUGUGUUUUGUCAUUCUCUCAUGGUAGUGAUUAUUGGUUUCUGAGAAGGAUAAAAACAUUUGUGGAAAAAAUCUUUCAUAAUUCGGGGUUAAUACAUUCAAAGUCAUCACUAUACUUUGAAACGUGUGUCUAUUUAAGGUCUGUAUACUUUUUGUACAUUUUUCCCCGUGCAGUUUUCGGUUUCUGCUAAGAAUGUUCAUUGACUACAUUUCCCAUGAUGCCAUGGAGAGUGUACUCUUCCGGUCCUGCGCCGUUUCUGGAGCGGAUUGGAACCCGGAGUCAGGACUCGCUAAAUGAACGGUGUUUUGCGAAAAGGUAACGUCUUUUUGGGGCAUUAUUCUUGGACUUGUCGCUCAGUGGGCACGCGGUUUCACAGCGAAUGCGCAGCCGCAGUGGCGGGCUCCUCGCGCCGUCCCCCGAGCAGUCGUCGCCGCUCCCCGCCGGCCGCUGAAAAGCAUCGACUCCGGUUUGGGUGUUUGCGUCUCCAGUCCAGCCGCCAUGCCGACUGUUCUUUGUUACAUUCCGUGUGGCGGACUCGCUCAGAUCGGAGUUAAAACCCGGCUAGACUUUCGGAUCCGCUGAGCUGGUGGAUCCCGGCGGCUCCUCUGCCGAUCCACAGCAGCCCCUGCUGUCAGAGGAGCCGCGGAGCGGAGGCGCCGUCCGGCCGUCCGCCUGACGCGUUCAGGUGGAACUGAAGAGUUUCCCGUCACGCAGAUCUCCCAACAGUCACGUUCUGAAGCACUCCUAUAAGAAGUUCCUUUAUGACACGCAGACCUGCUGUCAGCGCUCUGUUGUUGGCGGGUAAAGGCUCCAUGUUCCUUCUCCUCCAUGCAGGUGGAGAUGAUGGCUGAGCAGACCCCAGAUGAGUUCAUCUGGUGUGAGGACUGUGGUCAGUACCACGACUCCGAGUGUCCAGAGUUAGGACCUCUCGUGACCGUCCAAGACUCCUUUGUGCUGAGCCGGGCUCGGUCUUCUCUACCCAGCAGCCUGGAGAUCAGAGAGGUGUCGAAUGGAGAGGAGGGAGUGUUCGUUCUCCGCCGGCUGGUCAAACGGACUCGCUUUGGGCCUUUUGAGGCCAAGCGGGUUUCCAGCGUGGAAAAGGAAGGAGCCUUUCCUCUGAAGGUUUUUCUGAGGGACGGCGUAGUGCUGUGUCUGGACUGCAGCAGUGAGGAGGACUGCAACUGGAUGAUGCUGGUGCGACCCGCCACUGACCACAGGCACCAGAACCUGACCGCGUACCAGCAGGACGAUGACAUUUACUUCAACACCUCCCAGGAUGUGCUUCCAGGAACCGAGCUGAGGGUCUGGUACGGAGCUUUCUAUGCCAAGAAGAUGGAAAAGCCCACGCUGAAACCUCAACUUCAGUCACUCAUGUCUCCCCCAGACGUAGCACCUUCAUGUGCUAAAAUAGAGACCUCAGAAACAAGUCAAUCCAAUAUGACGCCAGUGAUUGAAGACAAGAUUUUGGACAUCACUGUGAGUCCUAUCGGCCAGAAGAUGGUAACGGUGCUUCCUGUGGAAGCUCUUUUGACCCCAGAGGAGAACCUGCCUGCUCCUGAAGGGGGGGGCGGCACCCCUCGGCCCACCCGAAAGAGCGGCCCGAACCGAGGGAAGAGAGCGCGGGCGCGGAGGCUCGGGCCUUCAGCGGCAGCAAACCAAGUCAGAGAUGCGAGGCCCCCGGCGGCGAGCCCCGAGUCAGGGACCAGAGAGGUGACGGCAGACUGCAGGAACCUGCUGAGCUCGGCGGACAGCACGGCGGUCCUGAAGAGGCACAAAACGCGGGAACACAAACGGGUUUACCGCUGCUCUCUCUGCAACAAGAUCUUCCAGAACAGCAGCAACCUCAACCGGCACAUCCGAUCUCACGGUGACAAGCUGUUCAAGUGUGACGAAUGCCAUAAGCUGUUCAGCCGGAAGGAGAGUCUGAAGCAGCACAUCUCCUACAAGCACAGCAAGAAUGUGCCCGAUCAAGAGUACAGAUAUAAAUGCAACACCUGUGAGAAAUCCUUCCGCCUUGAAAACGCUUUGAAGUUCCACAACUGCCGCACAGAUGACAAGACGUUCCAGUGUGACAUCUGCUCGCGGUUCUUCUCCACCAACAGCAACCUCUCCAAGCACAAGAAGAAGCACGGCGAGAAGCUGUACUCCUGCGAAAUCUGCAACAAAAUGUUCUACCGCAAAGAUGUGAUGCAGGAGCACCACAGGAGACACAGCGUCGGACCAAAGCACAUGAAGAGAGAAGAGCUGGACACCAACGGAGAAGAAGGGUCAAAGUACAGGAAGGAGCCGUCUCCGUGUCCCAUCUGCGGAAAGGUGUUCUCCUGCAGGAGCAACAUGAACAAGCACCUGCUGACCCACGGCGAUAAGAAAUACACCUGUGAGAUCUGCGGCAGGAAGUUCUUCCGAGUGGACGUCCUCCGAGACCACAUUCACGUGCACUUCAAGGACAUCGCUCUGAUGGAUGAGCAGGAAAGAGAGGACUUCAUCAAGAAGAUCGGCAUCUCCGCUGAUGACAGCGAUGAAACCGACGAGGAUGAAGACGAAGACGAUCCUGAACACCACAAGUACAACUGUAAGAAGUGUCAGUUAUCCUUUGCAAAAGGACGAGAGUAUCUGAAGCACAUAACUGAGCAGCACAAGGAGAAAGGCUACGGCUGUGCCAUCUGCAACCGUCACUUCGCCCUGAAGGCCACAUACAACGCACAUCUGGUCAUCCACAGAGAGCAGCUGCCAGACCCCGCCGUGCAGAAGUACAUCCAUCCAUGUGAGAUCUGUGGAAGAAUCUUCAACAGCAUCGGAAACCUGGAAAGGCACAAGAUCAUCCACACGGGAGUGAAGAGUCACGGCUGUGAACAAUGCGGCAAAUCAUUCGCAAGAAAGGACAUGUUGAAGGAGCACCUCAGGGUCCACGAUGACAACAGGGACUACCUGUGUGCGGAGUGCGGUAAAGGCAUGAAGACCAAGCACGCUCUGAGGCACCACAUGAAGCUUCACAAGGGCAUCAAAGAGUACGAGUGUAAAGAAUGCAACCGCAAGUUUGCCCAAAAGGUCAACAUGCUGAAACACUACAAGAGACAUACAGGGAUCAAAGACUUCAUGUGUGAGUUGUGUGGGAAAACAUUCAGCGAGAGGACGACUCUGGAGACGCACAAACUCAUCCACACCGUUGGGAAAACGUGGAAGUGUGAGACGUGUGAUAAGAAGUACCUGACGGAGUACAUGCUGCAGAAGCACGUCCAUCUGACCCACGAAAAAGUGGAAGCCCAGUCCUGUCACCUAUGUGGGACCAAGGUGUCCACCCGCGCCUCCAUGAACCGCCACCUGCGCCGCAAACACCCCGACUCUGUGAUGUCCUUGAGGGGCGAGGACUUCGAUGACCUCCAGGAGAACUCUACAGUCAGUAAUUCCUCUGUCAGUAACGCAAAGUCCUCCCUGUCCCUGGAGAAGGACGGCAUGUCCCAGGACCGGCCUGCCCGACCUUCCCGGCAGCCCAAGAGGAAGCAGCGAGCCGUGGCCGAGCCAGAGCUCUCCGACCCCGACGACUAUGGUGACUUCAGCGAGCCCAGACAGGAGCCCAUUCCCGAAUUCAACACCGUCAUCGUCGGGGAUGAGACGGAGACCAACUCUGCCGUGCAGAACAUCCAGCAGGUGGUGGUCUUGGCCGACCCGAGCGCUCCAUCAGCCCACUCCCCCAACAGCUCUGUGGGGCUGACCAACAUCACCGUGACCCCCAUCACCAGCCACGCCCCUGCCCAGUUCACCAGCCUGCAGCCCGUCGCUGUGGGUCACCUGACUGCCGCUGACCGCCCACUCACGCUGGACAACUCCAUCCUCACCGUCACCUUCGACGCCGUCAGCGGUUCCGCCAUGCUCCACAACCGGCCGGCCGAGCUGGUGCCCGAGGCUGUGGGCCCUUCCGGCGGGGCCCCCCAGUCUGUCGCCCAUUUCAUCAAUCUCACCACUCUGGUCAACCCCAUGAGCCACCAGCUGGAGGCCCCGACUCUGGCCUGGAGGCCCGUACCGCCGGCCGAGGGCGGCCAGGUCACCCCGGUGGUGGAGGGCACCCAGAGUGAGAGCCAGGAGCCCCAGAGCCAGGGGGCGGAGCCAGGUCGGGGCAACCAGGGCCAGCCGUCCCCCCUGCAGCAGCAGAGCGGCUCUGCUCAGCAGAUGUUCAGCUACUGAGAUGGAUGGGGGGUGCGGGUCACCCCUCACUGGAGCGGAACAAAGCGUGUUUUCACCCUGAUGCCUCGCCGACCUCACGGAGACCAGUUAGUUAGUGUUUGACAGAAUUCUGUGUAAAUGUGGACAAAGUGGCUUCCUGUGAUAUGUUUGAAGGGAAACAAUCCCUGAUUUAGAAGUGACAAUACAAACCAAAGCAACAUGCUGAACAUUCAAAUGCCUUAGCAGCCUCAGAACAGAGAACCUGAACCGAACCACCACCAGGGUUACUGAUCAAACCUACGUUUGAAUCAUGUAUGCUGUAAUUAUUUCUGAUCUGAGCUCAAAAGAACUUUUUUAUUUAAAA